AUGGCUGUUUGCCAUUGCAGAGGAGGGGAGAGCAUUGAGAACCUGUACAAACAAUAAUGCCCCUGAAUAUUCUCCUGCAUACACUGAGUGUACAAAACAGUAGGAACAACUUCCUAGUAUUGAGUUGCACUCCCUUUCGCCCUCAGAACUACCCACCCCUACCCCACCCCCACAAAAAUAAAUAAAUAUAUAUAUAUAUAUUGUAAAGUGGUUAUCCCACUGGCUAUCAUAAGGUGAAUGCACCAAUUUGUAAGUCGCUCUGGAUAAGAGCGUCUGCUAAAUGACGAAAAUGUAAAUGUAGAACAGCCUCAAUUCGUUGGGGCAUGGACUCUACAAGGUGUCGAAAGCGUUCCACAGGGAUGCUGGCCCAUGUUGACUCCAAUGCUUCCCACAGUUGUGUCAAGUUGGCUGGAUGUCCUUUGGGUGGUGGACCAUUCUUGAUACACACGGGAAACUGUUGAGCGUGAAAAACCCAGCAGCGUUGGAGUUCUUGACACAAACCGGUGCGCCUGGCACCUACUACCAUACCCUGUUCAAAGGCACUUAAAUAUUUUGUCUUGCCCAUUCACCGUCUGAAUGGCACACAUACACAAUCCAUGUCUCAAUUGUCUCAAGGCUUAAAAAUCCUUCUUUAAUCUGUCUCCUCCCAUUCAUCUACACUGAUUGAAGUGGAUUUAACAAGUGACAUCAAUAAGGGAUCAUAGCUUUCAGCUGGAUUCACCUGGUCAGUCUAUGUCAUGGAAAGAGCAGGUGUUCACAAUGUUUUGUACACUCAGUGUAUAUCCCAUUAUAGAAUAGAGACCAGAAUAGAACAGAAUAGAUAGAAUAGAGAUUAGAGUUAGAAUAUCAUCAGAUUCAGUUGGGAGUUAAAUUAAACCAUCAGCUUCAUGACUCAACGGAUUGUUAACUGUCAUCAUGACGAUAGUGUUACUAUGAAUGCUAAUGCACUAGACUGGACAGAUACAGUACCAUUGGAUGGACAUACCCACACCAGUUCUCUGCUGUGCUGUGUUAGACAGGCACACUGCCUAAAAAGAUGAGAGAGGCCUGUAAUUUUCAUCAUAGGUACACGUCAACUAUGACAGACAAAUUGAGAAAAAAAAUUCCAGAAAAUCCCAUUGUAGGAUUUUUAAUGAAUUUAUUAGCAAAUUAUGGUGGAAAAUAAGUAUUUGGUCACCUACAAACAAGCAAGAUUUCUGGCUCUCACAGACCUGUAACUUCUUCUUUAAGAGGCUCCUCUGUCCUCCACUCGUUACCUGUAUUAAUGGCACCUGUUUGAACUUAUUAUCAGUAUAAAAGACACCUGUCCACAACCUCAAACAGUCACACUCCAAACUUCACAAUGGCCAAGACCAAAGAGCUGUCAAAGGACACCAAAAACAAAAUUGUAGACCUGCACCAGGCUGGGAAGACUGAAUCUGCAAUAGGUAAGCAGCUUGGUUUGAAGAAAUCAACUGUGGGAGCAAUUAUUAGGAAAUGGAAGACAUACAAGACCACUGAUAAUCUCCCUCGAUCUGGGGCUCCACGCAAGAUCUCACCCCGUGGGGUCAAAAUGAUCACAAGAACGGUGAGCAAAAAUCCCAGAACCACACGGGGGGACCUAGUGAAUGACCUGCAGAGAGCUGGGACCAAAGUAACAAAGCCAACCAUCAGUAACACACUACGCCGCCAGGGACUCAAAUCCUGCAGUGCGAGACGUGUCCCCCUGCUUAAGCCAGUACAUGUCCAGGCCCGUCUGAAGUGCAUUUGGAUGAUCCAGAAGAGGAUUGGGAGAAUGUCAUAUGGUCAGAUGAAACCAAAAUAUAACUUUUUGGUAAAAACUCAACUCGUCAUGUUUGGAGGACAAAGAAUGCUGAGUUGCAUCCAAAGAACACCAUACCUACUGUGAAGCAUGGGGGUGGAAACAUCAUGCUUUGGGGCUGUUUUUCUGCAAAGGGACCAGGACGACUGAUCCGUGUAAAGAAAAGAAUGAAUGGGGCCAUGUAUCGUGAGAUUUUGAGUGAAACCCUCCUUCCAUCAGCAAGGGCAUUGAAGAUGAAACGUGGCUGGGUCUUUCAGCAUGACAAUGAUCCCAAACACACCGCCCGGGCAACGAAGGAGUGGCUUCGUAAGAAGCAUUUCAAGGUCCUGGAGUGGCCUCGCCAGUCUCCAGAUCUCAACCCCAUAGAAAAUCUUUGGAGGGAGUUGAAAGUCUGUGUUGCCCAGCGACAGCCCCAAAACAUCACUGCUCUAGAGGAGAUCUGCAUGGAGGAAUGGGCCAAAAUACCAGCAACAGUGUGUGAAAACCUUGUGAAGACUUACAGAAAACGUUUGACCUGUGUCAUUGCCAACAAAGGGUAUAUAACAAAGUAUUGAGAAACUUUUGUUAUUGACCAAAUACUUAUUUUCCACCAUCAUAUAACAAUAAAUUCAUUAAAAAUCCUACAAUGUGAUUUUCUGGAUUUUUUUUUCUCAUUUUGUCUGUCAUAGUUGACGUGUACCUAUGAUGAAAAUUACAGGCCUCUCUCAUCUUUUUAAGUGGGAGAACUUGCACAAUUGGUGGCUGACUAAAUACUUUUUUUCCCCACUGUAUCUAUCUGAGUGAGCACUCAGGAUGCAUUUUGAAGUAGUUGUGAAUGUCAUAAUGCUAGAGGGAGAGAGACAGCGAGAGGGAGGGAGAGAGAAAGAGAGAGAGAGAGGGAGAUAGGCAGGUUGGAAUAUAGUGGAGAGGGAGAGGAGAGUCUGACUGAGUCAUAAGGAAUUAGAAUUUCUAAUGGGGUUUGAUUGCAUCCAGGAUUUUUCAGUCAGGGUUCGUUUGGACUAACGGGUGAGGAAGGAAAGGACAGAUUCAACCUUGAGACAAAAUGCUGCUUUAACUCCAUUAGAUGUCUACCAGUGUCCAAAUGAACUAUAAGUAGUAAUUCUGUAUUUAGAUCAAAAUUACAUGGCACAGAAAUGUAACACUAUUUUUUUUUUUACAUUUGACUACAACUUCUGUGGAGGGAUGACAUUUGGAAAUCCUGAACAAUUAGAAAAGGAAAAUGGCCGUCCUAAACGUUGAGAUAAAUAUGAAAGAUCACCACACACCACAUCACAGAAUUCAGACUGUCCUGUCUCUUUUCUGUCCCCUCUUUUGUAGCCGUAGAGAGGACAAACUGAGAAUCCCCAGUGGAUGGCUGUGUCACCUGGCCCCUGAAAUAGUCUCUCAGCUCUCCCCUGAAACAGAGGAGGACAAGCUGCCUUUCUCCAAACAGUCAGAUGUCUUUGCUUUCGGGUGAGUACAGCUACGUCUCAAAUGGCACCUUAUUCCCUAUUUAGUAUAGUACUCUUGACCAGGGCCCGUAGCUCUUCUCUUUGUUCUGAGGAGUGUUUUAGGGGCCUCUUUACUCUGAAGGUUUUCCCAGAGUCUCUGUCUUGUUUUCAUUGGACCUUCACGCCUGAUUUUAUUUGAAUUGAAUUGAAUUGAAAAAAACGUCAUCCCACAAGGGGAACUUGGAUUUGACAUCAGCAAGACACAUACUGUGAUGUUUUUUAGGUUCUAAUCCAUCUCAUCCAAAUCAUGUUUGGAAUGGUUAUAAUAACCAAGGCCAGGAGUCUUUCCUGGCCACCUGACCUGACCAGGAACAACUCUGGUAUCCUAGUUAUAACACUCCAUUCUCCAGGCCUGCCUUUCCAUUUGUAUUUUUUCCUCUUCUGUGAUCGUCACAGACGCCUUUGCGUGGCUGGACCCUGCUCUGUUGGCUCCUAACACAAUUGCAUUUUCAGAUGCCCUCCCAUAUGGAGGGACUGUCACUGAAUCAGUCUGAGGGGGAUGGAUGCAGCAUUCACACACGCUGUAUGGGUCCCAAAUGGCACCCUAUUCCCUAUAUAGACCAGAGCCCUAUGGGAAUAAAGGGUAUAGGGUGCCAUUUGGGACGUAGCCACUGUCCAGCUGGUCUGUUGGUGCCUUAGUGUUACCUAGAGGUGACCCCUGAAGCUGUUUUACAUAUUCAACAAUUCUCCAUGUGUUUUUCUGUCUUGGCCGAAUGCUAUUUUUAUGCUACUCAAAACCCGGUCGUUGACAUGGCAGUGGAAAAAAUGCCUUGUCAUAAUGAUAAGAGAGGAUGCUGUGACGAUGUUGAUGACGUAUGAUUAUGAUUAUGAGUUAAUGGACUGUUUAUCAGAUCAUAUACAUCUAUCAGGUUUGAUAUAAAGUUAGUGAAAGGGUUGUUUCUUUAAAAAAGGCAACCUUGUGGUCUGACUGUCAGACUCAUUGUGGGUGCUUCUGGAGCUUUUAAGUGGAUUCUGACAACCACAACGGACAUACAGUAUAGAAAUCCAGGUUUAGAUAUUCAACUUGGUGUGAUACCGCUUGUGUGUGAACGUCUGUUGUAGUAUUUAUUUUAUAAUGUCCACAUUAUAGGAAAAUAUUACAUGCACACAUCCUAUCUCUCUGAGCAGGUGCUGGAUAUAUAUAUUUUUAAAAGACGCGGCACCCCGCAUGGUAUGCUACCAUGGGAUUUAUCUGUGACCAAGUUAAAUGCAUAAUGCCAUCAUUUCCAUUUAGUAAACCAUGGGAUAUUUCAUACAUCCGCUCCAACUGAUUCCCCCUGUACUGUCCCUACAGCACUAUCUGGUAUGAGUUGCAUGCACGUGAGUGGCCUUACAAGAACCAGCCAGCAGAGGUUAUCAUCUGGCAGGUGGGCAGUGGGAUGAAGCCCAACCUCACACAGAUCGGCAUGGGCAAAGAGAUAUCGGUGAGUGUUCCUCAUAUACAGUAAACUAGCUGUACCACAUUUCAGGUAAAAGUCGCUCACUAGUUGUAGGUGUACAUAUUGUAUGUCCGUGGGCAAAGUGAUAUCGCUGAGUGGUGUUCUUUGUAAUACUGCACUGUUGACUGUUUUUCUUCACAGAGCGACGCACCCCACCUGGUUGUUUUUAGGUGUGAUCUGCAUACUUAUCAAUUCACAGGUGUUCAGAAUGAGCAUCUUCGUUCCUGGAAUGUUCUUGGAAUAAGACUAAGUGAUCAUGUACACCUGUCUGGGCGGUCUGGGAUGUUUUUGAGUUUUCUGUUGGCUGUUGUUGAGUUAUUUGUGUUUUCUGAACCACUCCACACUAGAAGUUCUCUCACUGGUGGCAUUCAUCCAUUUGUCCAGUUACACUUUCUCUCCCGUGUUUCCGGUGUCUACCUGGGUCUCUAAAGGGGAGUCUGUUCUGUCUCUCUCUGUCCAGGACAUCCUGCUCUUUUGCUGGGCGUUCGAGCAGGAUGAAAGGCCCAGCUUCUCCAAGCUGGUGGAUCUGCUGGAAAAGUUGCCAAAACGGAACCGUCGCCUUUCCCACCCAGGGCACUUCUGGAAGUCAGCUGAGUAUGUCAAAUGA